CCCGGCACGUCACGUGGUUGUGACGUGAGGAGGGUGGCGCAUGGCGCUGCGUGCUGGUCCGCGGCUGCCGCUGCUGCUGCUGAGGUCGUGGCGGGGUCCCGGGACCCUGGGCCGGGGUCCUGUGGGGCUCGUGAGGCUCGGGGACGCGAGGACCCUGGCUUGCUGGUCACGUGACAGGCUGUACAGGUCAUGUGACCGGCCCUCAUGGAGGUUCUACGCAACACAGCCCCUCCCCCCUCCCCCGCCCGGGCAGCGUAAAGAGCGGAGAGCUGGGCCCGUGUCAUGGCGCUCGCUGGCUGUGACGUUUGGAAUCGGGGCGGUGCUGCUGCUCGGCAUGAAGAGUUACAAGUCACAGAAGGAGGAGCGGAUGGAGCGCGAGCGCAACCGCUCGGUGGGGCGCCCCAACCUGGGAGGCCCCUUCUCGCUGGUGGACCACACGGGGGCCCCCCGCUCCGACAAGGACUUCCUGGGCCAGUGGGUGCUGCUCUACUUUGGCUUCACGCACUGCCCCGACAUCUGCCCCGAGGAGAUGGAGAAGAUGAUCGCCGUCGUCGAUGAGAUCGACGCAAUCCCGUCUCUGCCGAACGUGACUCCGUUGUUCAUCACCAUCGACCCCGAGAGGGACACCGUGGAGGCCGUCGCCAAAUACGUCAAGGAGUUCUCUCCCAAGCUGAUUGGUCUCACUGGCUCUGCCGACGCCAUCAAUGAGAUGUCCCGCGCCUUCCGCGUUUACUACAGCCAGGGUCCCCGCGACGAGGACAACGACUACAUUGUUGACCACACCAUCAUCAUGUACCUGCUGGGCCCGGACGGGUCGUUUGCCGAGUAUUUUGGGCAGAACAAGCGAGCGCCGGAGAUCUCGGGAGCCAUCGCAUCUCACAUGCGGGCGGCGCGGGUAGGGGGGUAGACACGGGGGUGGGGGGGGGGAGACGCGGGAAGAGAGGGGAAACAACGAUUACAGGGGCAGACAUGGGGUGACCAAAACUACACGGGGUGUAAUUAUCUCUGCCUUCAGCAGUGGCUGGACCUCAGGUGUAGAGGUGUGUUGAGGUGUGUUAGUGGUAAGGUGCGCUGAGGUGUGCUUGUGUCUGUGGUGUGGUGUGGCGUGCGAGUGUUUGUGGCGAGGUGUGAUGACGGGAUCCAGGGGAUGCUCACCCUAUUGGGAUCAAAGGGACCAGCUAUGUACACGCACAUAACACGCUGGUGUGACGCACACACAGGCGUGUAACUCACGUAGACAAUUAGGACACAUGCACCUCGUGCACAACGCGCGUGCACGUGCGUGUACCACACUUUUACACGAAUUUAGAGUUUAUCCAAACCGGCUCAAACCUCGGCGGACCGCGGUGCCACGCGGCUGUGAUCCAGCGCUUUUGGAGAGCGAGGGUUGGUGAAUCACGCGUGGGAUCUACGAAACGCCCAACCCUCCCCUGCCCCUUGGAUCUAGGAUGUGGCCGUCUGGACGGACAACGUCAGAGUGGGUUGUCACCCCCCCUCCCCCUCCCGUGCGUCACUCCCGGCAGAGGUCGCAAUCGGGUACCCGAUACCUGUACUCUACCCGAUACCCGGCUACCCAUACCCGGCUGGGUACGGGUACCCGUUUGCGACCCUGGUGCGGCCAGGUACGGGUACGGGUUGACCGUGAGUCACUGGUGAGUAACCGUUUGUCACUCAUUUCCCAACGUCUUGUCUCUUCUCACAAUUCAAGUCCUAGAAUCAACCCACCCGCGCCUGCAACAUGGCUUCAUCCCAGAGGUCGCAAUCGGGUACCCGAUACCCAUACCCUACCCGUACCCGGGUACCCGAUACCCGGCUGCCCGUACCCGGCCGGGUACGGGUACCCGUUUGCGACCCUGGUGCGGCCGGGUACAGGUACGGAAUCAAAACCCAUUUGCGACUUUCGACUCCCGAUGGUGUGGGUGGGUUUUCUCCGGGCUCUCUCCGGUCCCGUUCCACAUGAAGCGCAACACUCCAUGAAAAAGAUCCGUUUGACGAUGCCGCCGCCACUGCUGCUGCUUCUGCGUUGGCAGCGGUGCACAAGCACAGCAGCCGACGACGACAACAACUCAACGCGUCCCGUGUCUGUAACUGCGCGGCUUUUGAUUUGUUUUAAAUCUUUAUUUAAUAAGAAGGGGGCAGCGCUGAGGUUUGCGGACGACGACGCUUGCGGAGCGUUUUCGGUGGCUUCUUUUUAAAAAUGAAAAUCCGGCGGAAACGUCCUCCGAGCGUGUGCGGGAGCCUCCCUCAGAGGUGAUUCCCGAGAUUCGACGAGGCUUUCCCCGGCUGGACGAGCGACACCGUCGAUGACCCCCCUUGGUGCUUCGUGGAGCUGAGGGGGGAGGCCUCCUCGGUGGAGCGGCACUCGACCACGGGCAGCGCCGUUUUGUCUGCGUGGUGUUUAUGUCGUCGUCGUGAACUUUGUCGCGAUUAAAACGCGAGCUCCGCCGGGCUCGGUGAUCUCCACCGCA